CCGGCCGCCCUCCUUCCCUCCCCGCUUCGCGUCCCAGAGUCGCGAGGAUGGCGGCGGCGGCGGCGGCGCCCGAGGUGGAGUACGAGUCGGUGCUGUGCGUGAAGCCCGAUAUCAGCGUCUACAGGAUCCCGCCGAGGGCCUCGAACCGGGGAUACAGGGCUUCUGACUGGAAACUGGACCAGCCGGACUGGACAGGACGCCUCCGCAUUACCUCGAAAGGCAACGUUGCAUAUAUAAAACUAGAGGACAAAGUUUCAGGUGAGCUUUUUGCUCAGGCUCCAAUAGAUCAAUAUCCUGGCAUUGCUGUGGAAACAGUGACUGAUUCCAGUCGGUACUUUGUCAUCCGGAUUCAGGAUGGGAAUGGGCGAAGCGCUUUCAUUGGCAUUGGCUUUGGAGACCGGGGAGAUGCAUUUGACUUCAAUGUUUCCUUGCAGGAUCACUUCAAGUGGGUGAAACAAGAGUCGGAAAUCUCCAAGGAGUCCCAGGAAUUUGACAGCCGUCCCAAGCUUGACCUAGGGUUUAAGGAAGGACAGACAAUUAAAUUGAACAUUGGGAACAUGCCAACGAAGAAAGGUGGGUCAGCCAAGCCACGUCCAUCUGGAUCAGGGGGGCUAAGCCUGCUCCCGCCACCUCCCGGGGGCAAAAUUGUACCUCCUCCUGUGCCACCUCCUUCCUCGACUGCUAUUUCCAAUCAUGUCACACCACCGCCGGUGCUGAAAUCCAGCAAUGUGGGCAAUGCAGAUAUCCUGCUAGACUUGGAUUUAACACCUCCUGUUUCAAAGGUGCCUGCGCCUGCUGUGGUUCCAGCCACUACAGAUCUCUGGGGAGAUUUCAACACUGCGUCCAGCACAGUUCCCAGCCAAUCGCCCCAGGCACCCAAUUGGGUCCAAUUCUGAAACAAUCGUGAGUUGGUGACGUAGGAAUGGACCAAUGACCGAGACUCGAGGCACCUGAAGUGUCAGGGGAGUGAGCUGACGUCCUUGGCUCUUCAGUCAAAACUUGACUUCUGGACAAUCUUCCUCUUUUUGUUAAUGUUUCCCAUUUGCAUUGAUGCGUUCAGUUUUUCUCUCGUGCCACAGAACUGCAGAGACGUGCUCUGUGGUCACUUCAGAAGAGUGGGGGCUCUGACUGGCUCCUAUAAAUAAUUCCCGCCUGCUUAGUGGCUGCCUCUUCGAAGGAGAAUUAAGCUGACACUGUGAAAUGGGAGAAGAUUGCACAGAAUUGGCUUUUCUAGGUAGGCUCAGUUCCCCUUUUCUUCUCCCAGCUUCCACAGCAGCAGGUGACCUUAGCUGGGGCAGGUUGAUUUUGCAGGCUGAUUGCUAAUCACCCUAACCGUGUAACUGACACUAAUUUGUACAUUUCAACCAAGAAGGAAAACAAAAGCCAUUCUUGAAGAAGCCACCCUGGAGUUACCUGGGACAGGCUGCUUUGUCAUAGCAUCUUUAUGAUGGAAUUAAUUUAAUCCUUCCUCAAAUGUUCCUUCUCCCGUCAAAUCUGUAGUAGGGGAGGGAUGAUGGGGUUCUGUGCAAACCUGUCUGCAGGGCAGCCUUGCUGUUAGGCUCCCACAAAUCCCUCAACUAACCCCCCAACCCCACCCCAAAGCACUAAAGACAGUUGGCGGCUUUAAAACUGGAGAUGUGUGGAAACGGCGCUAGCAUGGCAAGGCGUUCUCCUGUUUCCAUCCUUACUGGGAACAAGAGCAGAGCCAUCUGCUCACCAGUUGGUAGGAGAAGGAGCUCAGUGUCUUCUGGAAAUCCUGUCUCUGGGCAAGGCAGCUCUGUGCUGAUUCGCAAGUUUGUUGGAACUUCUGCACUUUCAUUGUGUUGCUUAAUGUGAAAGAAGUCUAGGCACUUAACACAUACAGUAGUUUGUUGCCAAUGGCAGGCUGCUGUCACAAGAUUGGCCAAAGCACCAGAGGGGUCUCCGCACAGACUUCCAAAAAAAUGAAUUUCAGGUUCUGAAAUUGUACUUUUUGGCCAGUGUGAUUUACCUUGUUAUAUCGUGAUAGUCUCUUUCCCCGCAAAUAUUAGUGGAUCAUGAAGUUAUCUUGGGCAGAGUCUCUCCCUCCUUUCACUCUAUUGGCUGGAAAUAACUUUUUUUUUAAGUUAAAAAAAACCUUUAUUUUCUAUUGCAGCAUUACAAAUCAUACAAACGCAAAAAGAAAAAGAAAAAAGAAAAAGAUCAAAAAAGUAAAUAAAUAAAUUUUUAAACAUUGAUCAAUAAAUGUAAAUGAUACACUCUAUUGGCUGGAAAUAACUUUUAAAGCACCUGCUUUGCUUGACCUUCUAGCAGCAAGAUGCACUUCAUUACGGAACACUAGAUUUGUAUGUUUCACAGUGGUUUCUUCUUGUUCUGCCAGUAGGCAGUACUCGCUGUCCUGUAAUAUCAGCUAGAGGCUUUGUAUGUAGACCCAAUCGGUGUCCUCUGUGACCCUGUGGUUUGGUGCUUCUAGGUGGGCGUAGUUGAAUCAGGGCACUUCUGAACAAGUAUCCUGAUGUUUUCUCCUUUGAUCAUGUCCUUGCAAACCCUUUUCUGAAUUCUUUGAUACAAGAAUAGCUGACAGAAAUUCUGUUUGUUAGUAAUUGGGAAGUCUUCUAAGGAGUUUUGUAAAGCUGUAUGCACAUCUCGUCUCUGAUUUCUAGCUACUUCACUUGUGGGAUUUGGGGGAUGGAGGCCUGCUUUUUAAGGCUUCCCAUUCAUUAAAUACCCAGAUAUUCAUCUCACUCACUGAGACGCACCCUAAGCUUAUCUGCUUCUUCAGCUUUCUAUUGUUUCACUGCUGGUUAUAAACUGUUUUCAAGUUCCUUUCCUUGUGCUAUCGUAUAAGCCAGCCCAAGAAUUCUCAAAUUUGGCUGAAUAUUCCAUAUCUGUAGCAGGUUCUAUCAUUUCAGUAACUCUGUUCAGACCUCAAGUAUUUGGUAAUAUCUCAAAGAGACUAAUCAGGAGCCUCUCCCUCCAUUGUUUUUUUUUUAAGUUGUUAUUCUCAAGAUAAUAUACUAUGUAUUGGCAGAAACUGAAGUAACAUUUCAUCUAUAUGUAUAUAAAGCAUAAGAUGUACUGGUUCAAUAUUAGCAAUUAAAAUCAAGGAUAAAAUUGGA